AUGGUCGUCGUCAAAGCCGCUGCUACCAAACAGGCUGGAGCCAAAUAUGGAAUUGCCUUUUCCCGAAAAACACCCGAUUCUCCACUCAUGAUUCGAACAAUCCGCGACGAGUCUCCGUUUGCGGGGAAAGGUUUGGAGCCAGGAAUGAUUGUCACCAAGGUGAAUGGGGAAGAAAUGACUUGGUUGGGUCCAAGAGACGCUGCCAAAGUCUUGCAAAAGGCUCAAGUAGGCGCGACAAUGCAGGUCGAAGCGGCCACUCUCUUCAAGGCGGCUGGCAAGAAACCCAAACGCAAAACCAAAUGUGGCAUCUGGCUCAAGAAUUCCACCAAAGUACCAGGUCUCUUUAUCUCCCAGAUUAACGGAGACAGUAUCUUUGCUGGAUCCUCUCUGGAGACGGGCAUGAAAGUCAUCCAAUUGAACGGAACAUCGUGUCAUGACGAUAUGAAGUUUCACGAAGCCUUGGAAUUAUUGAAAAAGGCUAGCGGACAAGUGGAAAUUGUGGCCGCGGAUACUCCCUACAAGGGAAAAAUGAAGGGUGCCAGUGGAGGAAUACCGGGGUUGUCGCCUCUGUCCGACUCGGAGGACGAAUUGGACCGAAAGCCCUUGUUGGAUCGAUUAUUCCCAAUGCUAGUGGAUUUAUAG